GUAGACUGUCUGUCCCCAGCUAACCAAUGUCAAGCGAAGACCAGGAAGCACAGGAGGAUGAAUUACUAGCUCUUGCUAGUAUUUUCCAUAAAGAUGAAUUCAGGAGAGCAGAAACCUCAAACGGAGGGAAAAUCCAAGUGUGCCUCGAGUUACCAUCUAACUUUGAAAUAUCCGUCAAAUGUAACGCUGCAGAAAACAUCUUCAUUGAGCACCUGAAAUACACGCUAUCUUACCUACCACCAAUUGUGCUGAAGUUUAAUUUUCCUUCAGAUUACCCAUCAACCUCGCCUCCGAACUUCACACUCAGGUGCAAAUGGCUCAUACCCAAACAGCUUGUCAGACUUUGCCAGCACUUAGAUGAACUGUGGAAGGAGAAUGCAGGAUGUGUUGUCCUGUUUGCUUGGACUCAAUUUUUAAAGGAGGAGACGCUUGAAUACUUAAGUAUCCAAUCACCCUAUGAGAUUGAAGUGUGUCCCAAUGUGUCACAGAAUGGGGUUCACCCCCCGGGGGAAACCGAUCUCUGCAGCAAUGCAGAAUCACAAAAGGAUGGGGUCUAUGACAAGAGGAACAUACAGGAUGUGGAGUCUGUUUCUGCCCUGAUGAAAUACAUCUUGGAAUUCAACGAGUCUCAGCAAAAGAAAUGCUUUGAUGGCAAAUUGUACAUGUGCAAUAUCUGUUUCUCAGAAAAGCUAGGUAGUGAGUGCACAAAUUUUAAACUUUGCAAUCAUGUCUACUGCAACAUUUGCCUCAAAGAUUAUUUCGAAAUUCAAAUCAAAGAUGGCCAAGUCCACUCUCUGAACUGUCCAGAACCAGAGUGCUCCUCCACAGCUACACCUGCUCAGGUAAAGGAACUGGUAGAAGAAGAGUUGUUCAGCCGUUAUGACCGUCUCCUCCUGCAGUCCAGCUUGGAUCUCAUGCCAGAUGUUGUGUACUGUCCUCGUCCAAGUUGUCGGGCACCAGUCAUGCAGGAACCAGAGAGCAAUAUGGGUAUUUGUCCCUGUUGCCAUUAUGCCUUCUGCACGCUCUGUAAAAUGACCUACCAUGGAAUCUCCCAAUGUAAAGUAACAGCAAAAAAACUUCUUGAGGAACUUCUUGAGGAAGAAGAUAAUGCCAGAAAGGAGUUUCUGGAGUUGCAGUAUGAAAAGAAAGUGUUGCAGGAUGCAUUGGAUGAGUUGGAAAGCGAAAAUUGGCUGGAAAAAAAUUCCAAGUAUUGUCCCAUGUGUGGAACUCCCAUACAGGAAAUAGGCGGCUGCAACAAGAUGACGUGCACUCGUUGUGGAAAAUAUUUCUGCUGGCUAUGUAUGUCCAUAUUGCCUAUGGAAAAUCCAUACAUUCAUUUCGAUGAUCCCGCAUCAGGCUGCUACAAUCGGGUAUCUGAAGAAGAAGAGAACAGAGAAGGAGCAAACUGAGUGUCAUUUGUAACUGCUUGUUUUGUUUUUUGCACAAGGCCUUAAAGAAACACUAUAGUGUCAGGAAUACAAACAUGUAUUCCUGAAACUAUAGUCCUGAUGUGGCAAUUUAGGUGACUGUCAUGCUCCGAUCUCGCUGAAAACAUGAUUUUACUCACCUUUUCUCCCACGCCGCGAGAUCAUCCCGUAAGAUUAUCAAUCUUAAUGAACUAAGCCAAGGAAAUAGGAAUCAGUGGGAAGCCUUAAAUCAAUGCAUCUCUAUAGGGAAAGUUCAGCGUCUCCGGAAGCACCUCUAGUGGCCAUCUGAGUGACUGCCACUAGAGUUGUUACUAGGCACUAAUGUU